CGACGAUGACACGCCCGUCGUGAUGGUCGUCCCCGACCUCGCGUUCGCGUGCGAGUGCUUCGUCGUCCACCUCCCUCGCCUCGCGGGACGGCUCGCGCGGUUCCAGGCCGCGGCGUCGACCGCGAACGUGACCGCGUACGAGCUCAUCGAAGGCGUCGACGCGAACGACCUCGACGCGACCGAGCUGCGGCGGCAGCGCGACAACGGCGAGCUGACGUCGUGGGCGGAGGUCACCCCCACGGAAGUCGCGAUCGCGCGGUCGCACCAUCGCGCGUGGAGGACGUUCCUCGACCGCGACGACGACGGCGGCGGCGGCGGCGCGCCGUACGCGCUGAUCCUCGAAGACGACGUCGAGCUGCGCGCGGGGUUCGUCAACGCGCUGAACGCGCUGCACGCCGCGGCGACGCAGAAACGCUCCGACGGCGACGGUUACGACGUCCUGUUGCUGCACAACCAAGACGUCCUCGGGCGGCGCGCGAGACGAACGCCGCUGGCGCCGUCGCCGCCGCUGCCUCGCGGCCUCGCGCUCGCGAUCGAACCCACGCCGUACGUCGCCGGGACGUGCGCGUACGUCAUGUCCAGGCGGUUCGCCAGGGCGGCGCUCGCGCGGCGGUACCCGGUGACUCUCCCGAUCGACUUUUUCGUCGGCGAGGUCGCCGCGGCGACGCGCGGUCGGCACCUCACGGUGACGUCGGACGACGACGGCGGCGACGGCGGCGGCGACGGCGGCGGCGACGGCGGCGGCGGCGCGAAACCGCGCGGCGGCGCGCUGCUCACCGUCCCGGACGGGUGGGGCGACGGCAGCGCGAACGACCCGAGCGGCCAGACGCGCGUCCCCGAGCUUCUCGCGGAGGACGAUCGAGGGAAGAAGAGGUGGCGGCGAGCGCAUCGUCGCGGCGGCUGGGCGCUCCCGCGCGCGACGCGCGGCGGCGCCGACGCCGACGCCGACGCGCUCGCGUCCGCGACGUCGCGCGUGCGCGCGCUGUUCCACCCGGACACGUCCCCGCUCCCGUCGCGUCGCGCCGGGUUCGUCGCCGACGGCGACGGGAUCGUCUUGUGCGCGGGCGGUCGCGCGUUGAUCGCGCUCGCCGUCGCCGCGGCGCGAUCGAUUCGACGCGUCGGCUGCGUCCUCGCGAUCGAGUUGUGGCACGCGCCGGGGGAGCUCACCGCGGACGCGAUCGCGGCGUUGGAGUCGGACGCGUCGGUCGCGCCGCUUCGGUGUCGGAACGUCGCGAGUUUGGUGUCGGACGGAGACGUGUGCGUGGACGCGGCGGGGGCGCCGUCGUCCGCCGCCGCGACGCGCCGUCCGACGAUCGGGUUCGCGAUCAAGCCCCUCGCGGUGACUGGGUCGUCGUUCGCGCGCGUGCUCCUCCUCGACGCGGACGUCGUCCUGCUGCGCGACCCGACGCGGUUGCUGGACGCGGUGCGCGGCGCGGGGACCCCGAGCGCGGUGUUCUGGCCGGACCUCCACCGCGUCGGCGAGGGGCCGCUGUGCGACGGCGACGCGUUGGACGCGUUGGCGACAGCCGCGAGGGAAGCGAGCCGCGGCGUCCGCGGCGGCGGCGGCGGCGAAUGCGACGAGCCCGAGCCCGAGCCCGAGCCCGAGCCCGAGCCCGAGCCCGAGCCGCCGCCGACGACGAGACGAAGAGAACACGAGUGGGAGACGGACAGCGGCGUCCUCGUCGUCGACCGCACGCGAUCCGCCGCGGCGUUGGUGACGUGCGUCGCGCUCUGCACCGGCGACCUCGCGAAGGACCUCAGCGCGCACCUCUACGGCGACAAAGACCUCUGGAAGUCGGCGUGGCGGAUGACGGGGUCGACGCGCGACGCGUGCCCGUUCUUCCCCGCGCUUCUCGGACGCGCGAAGGACGGCGGCGGGACGGCGAUCGCGCACCGCGACCUGGACGGCGAGCCACUUCUCGUGCACUCGUGCAUGCGCAAGCUGUAUCCGCCGAGGGAGGAGGGGGCCCCGGAGCGCGAGUGGACGUAUUCCGCGAGCGACGGCGGGCUGUCCGGGCACGGCGUCCGCGUGGAGACGGGCCGAGGGUUUCUCUCCGCGACGAUGACCGGGGAGGACAUGGUCGUGACGGAGACGUGCGCGAAGACGCGCGAUGCGGAGGACGCGUGCGCGCGAGACGUCGCGGAGGUGGCGGCGACGGCGUGGUUCCGAGGGCUUCCGCCGUGAACGAGGCACGGGAGGAGUAGAAAAACUUUUAGGGAACGAAGAGUACUUAGAACUC